AUGCCGGAUAUCUAUGUACCUUUGCCCUCUCAUAUUUAUUCCUGCAUUGAAUUGGAGGAAUUGAUACUGACCAAAGAUAUUAUUUUAAAACCUCCGCCCACUGAUUUCAAGGGCUUUAAACAUAUUCGCAAACUUGAACUCAGUUUUAUAUUAUUAGAGGGUGAUAUACUAAGCAGUUUGAUUGCGAAUUGCCCCAAACUUUCUGUACUGAUUCUCAAAGAUUUGUCCAAUCUGAAUAAUCUUGUUAUAGAUGCACCAAAACUGGAAAGCAUGAGUUUAUCCGUUUCUUCUGUUGGAUUGUUAAAACUCAAAAAUGUUCCCAACCUUGCUAGAACUAUUUGGGAUAGUAUAUCAACUACUACUGACCGCAAAACUACUGAAAUAGCUGAUGCUAUAAAACAUCUUUCAGCUUCUUGUGAACUCAAAUCGCUUCCCCUAAGUUCCCUUUCGUCAAAGGUUGGUCGUCUACUUCGUCGUCCAAACCAAAAUGUGGAAGUUGAGCAUAACUAUAACUAUGAAAAUAACUUAAAAUUGGGUAAUCUGGUUGAGUUGGAUAUUAAGGGCGUUACAGGAUCAAAUGCUGAGCUCAAAUUCAUUAAAUACGUGCUCUCUUCUUCAAUUGUUCUUCGAAAAUUGACUAUCAAAGUCAGAGGAAUUGAUGAUGUUGUAGAAUUGAAGCUGCAAAGAGAGUUGAAUGCAUUUCAAAGAGCUUCUCCGAAGGCACAAAUUAUUGUUUCAUAA